AUCAGUUUUCUCAUUCGUUUUUGGCAGCUGCUACAGAGAGACCACUCCGUUUCAGAAUGGAUUUUGUUAAAAACUUUGUGUUAACAAGCUUCAAGCUUAACGAAGAUAAGUGGAAGAAAUGUCUUUCCGCGGAGGACAAGAAGAAAGUUCUGGAGGAGUUUCUGGACUCGGAGGAAAACUUGAUGCUGUGCGUUUCCGUAAAUGCAGCCGGAGACCUGGCGCCCUCGCCGGAAUACAGCUGCGGCUCUGACCGCAAGGUACUUUUCAAGAAGAAGAAGAAGAUAAAGCUGACUGGAGAGAACAUCAGAAGAAGCGUGCUCGUUGGGAACCUGUCUCCAGCUCUGCAGGACCAAGUUUCUAAUCUACACCAGAACAUGUGUGGCUUGGGAGUCCACACUUUUAAGAAGAAUGAUCACCCAACAGCUUUGAGUGAAGACUUUAAAGAGUCAGUUGUGAAGUUCCAGAACAAUCUGCAUCAGCUAUCAGGCCGGAUCAACGGCAGAACCAUACUGGUUUACCCUGUGAACUUCGAAAAAGUGGAACAAGCUGCCCUGGAGAUGGACAAACAGAAGCCAUUGAAGGAUAAAUCCCUGACUGUGAUACUGGAGACUACAGUUGUUAAUUGGAGCCACCAGCUGGAUCCCAUCUUACAGAUAAACAGUCCCACUCUGCAGGAGGGAAGUCCAGCGCUGUACUCUGAGCUGCACUUCUGGGAACACAGACAUGCAAACUUGGAGAACAUCUCCUCUCAGUUGGCAUCCUCUAAAGCACAGAUAGUUGUGGAGCUGUUGGAGGCUGCAAAUAGUGCUUAUUUUCAACCCUGGGUGAAAAUCUGCAAGAGCAUUUCUGAAGCUUUGGAAGAUGCAGACAACAUCUGCAUCUACAUGAAGCCCCUGCAGAAGCAGUUUGAGAGGACUGAGAACUUGGAGCUUCCUGGCAUGAAGAAUCACAUUGACCCUCUGAUGGUGACAGUUUGCCUCGUGUGGGCCAAUUCCAGAUACCCCAGAUAUAAAUCCCACUUCAUCUUCCUCCUGCGGGAGAUUGGUGGACUCCUCAUCAAACAGGCCCAAGUAUAUCUAGAUCCUGAUAAACUUCUGAGUGAAGAUGCUUCCGACAGUCUGAGGAGGCUGCAGAAGAGCCUGGAUAUUCUGCAGCUCUACAGAAACUCCUAUGAGAACCAUGGAGCCAACCUGACAAAAUACAAGAAAGCAGGGAUCCCUCUCGAGCCGUGGAGCUUUGACCCCACACAGGUUUUCCUAGAAUUGGAUAGGUUCACUGUCAGGCUCAAAACAAUCAAGGACAUCUUGUUAAUGACUCUGGACCUGGCAAAGCUCGAGACACUAGUUGUUGGUGACUUCAAUUAUCAAGAAUUCGACAUGAAGAUAAAGAAGCUUCACCUUCAGUUCUUGGAUGCCUACAAAGUCUUUACAGAGAAGGCUGCAGACAAGUGCGUGGACAUGAUCCAUAAGGAGUUUGAAGUUGCUGCGAAAGAGCUGACAGAGAAAACGGAUGACAUUUAUCAGCAGAUAGGAACUAUCUUCUGUUGUGUUUUUGACAAUGCCUCAGUGCCGUGCAACGCAUUCAAGACUGUGAAGAUGUUUGGCAGCCUGUUGGAGCAUCCCCUAAUCGCUGCAGAUGCUAAGGGCAAAUUUUCUUCACUUUUGAACAUGUUCGACACAGAGUUGAACCGCCACAAACUCCUCUUCAACCAACAUAUGGAGAGACUACACUGUCCAGAUUUUGUCCCGAUACAUCGGAGUUUUCCUCCAGUAGCUGGAGAACUUCAGUGGGCCAAGAAUUUAAAGGAGCAAAUCCAGGUCUUCUUCUCCAACUUGAAGAGCGUCCCCCAUAUGGACCUGGAGGCUCCGGAAGCAGUCCAAGUGCUGCAGAAGUCUGAAAGGUUGAUUCAAAAUCUGGACAGAUAUUCCAGUAGGGUGUACAAGGCAUGGGCUAGGGAUGUGGGCCAGCUCUCCCAGCAGAGCCUCAGUUUGCCGUUAAUCAAACGAAACCCGACGACCCGGCUCAUCUCGGUCAACUACAGCCCGCAGCUGAAGACCAUGCUCAGAGAAGUGAGGUAUUUACAGAGCCAUCCGGUCCACAUCCCAGAAGAUGCCAUGCAGAUCUACAAGACCAGUGAGCAACUGCGGGAUUAUGUCAACAACCUGGAACACAUCGCCCUCCAAUACAACAAGAUGAUCCAGAAAGAGCUGAUUGUGGAGGCUCCUCUGGUGCAAGAUCAGCUUCUGGAGAUUGAAUCUGAGCUCAGAAAGGCUGAGGAGAGUCUGAGCUGGAACAGUCAAGGAGUCUGGCAGAACAUCCAGCAUGUGCGACACCUUGUGUGUGAGCUGGUCAGCCAUCUUCAGAAGACCAAGGACAAUAUGGAGGAGAUCCAGAGCUGCAUAAGUUCAUGGGCCAAACCCAUGUUUGACAGGAAGGAGGGAAGUAAAGAUUUCCUGUUUGCCCUCGAGGACUCGUCUGUGAUGGUGAACAAGUUUUACAGUCUGAUACGAUCAUCUGGGGAGAAGAUUCACUCAUUGCUUAAGACCAAUCAAGAGUUGUUCAGAGCUGAGUCGUCCACUGAAGGAUGGAAGGCCUACGUAAACCUCAUUGAUGACUUGGUUGCAAAAGGUUUCGCUGACAGCAUCAUGUGCUCCCUCCAGUUCUUUUUGAACAUCAUUGAGGGCAAUGUGGUGGCUCCUUUGUUUGAAGUUCAUCUGGAACUGAAGGCUCUCGACAUGGUUUUCACUCCCUCCAUGGAGUCUGGAGUUGGCUGCAGUUUUCCUGACAUGAUGGAAAGGGUCAUCAAUGAUGUGUUCAGCAUGUCCUCACUGGUGCCACGCCUCGCUGAGGACAGCCCCUUUCCCCACUAUCAGGAGCAAAUGGAGACGAGUGACUGUCUAGUACAGCAUCGACAGCUGCUCAUGAAAUUUGUGGAGCGCACUGUGGCUGCAUGCAUAGACUUUUGUAACUUUCUGAAGCGCUACAGCUACCUGUAUAAGAAAGACAGGAAGACAUAUUUUUGUCAGUUCCUCCUCUUUGGAGAUGAUCUGAAUAAGGGUGACAUAGAGGUCGACCUUGAGGACAAUGCCCCACAGAGUCCCCCGACACUGGAGAACUUCAGAGAACAGCUGGACAGUUAUGAGAGGCUCUACAAGGAGGUGGAGAGUCUGGACCCUGUCCGUGUCAUCCAUGGUUGGGUGAAGCUGGACUGCCUUGGCCUUAAGGUCAUUCUUCUCAAUUCCAUCAAAAAGUGGAGUUUAAUGUUCAAACAGCACCUUGUAGAUGUAGUAAUCAAAAGCCUUUCAGACCUUGAAAGGUUUAUUACCAGAACCAAGGAGGACCUGAGUCAGGAGCUGGACGAGAAGGACGACAGCAGCCUGGUUAACGUCAUGGGUCACCUGCUCGCUGUUAGAGAAAAGCAGCAACUUACAGACGGCAUGUUUGAGCCCAUACAACAGACUGUCAGUUUGCUGAAUGAGUAUGAACAGGAACUCCCAGAGGCGGUGUGCACACAGUUUGAGGGGCUGCCAAACAAGUGGAAGAGUCUAGAACAGCUAGCGAUCUCAGUUAAAGAGAAGGUGGCGUCCUGGCAGAGCGAUCAGGCGGCCCAUCUGAGAGAGACGUUUGCAUUAUUUGAAACAGAACUACUCCAGUUACGGGAAUCCUUCAACAAAAAUAUGCCCAUCAGCAAGGAGACCUACCAGUUCCUGGAUGACUUCCAGCAGCAGAUACAGGAGAAAGAGGAAAAAAUGGCCUCACUGUUAGAGUCCGCUAACCUGUUUGAGGUCCCAGCCCCAAAGAACAUCCAUCUGCAACUCUGCAGGCAUAAGCUGAGCCUGCUGAAAGAGCUGUGGGACAUGAUCACUGUGGUGAACACGAGCAUCGAUUCAUGGAAGAUGGCUCCCUGGAUGGAAAUCCAAGUGGAGGAAAUGGAGCUGGAGUUGAAAAGUUUCUAUAAGGAAAUUGGUGGGCUGGAUAGUAAGAUGAAAGAAUGGGACGCCUUCAAAGGUUUAGACAGCGGUCUGAGAAACAUCCUCAUCUCCUUCCGGUCGGUGGGAGAGCUCCGGAGCCCUGCAAUGCGAGGCCGGCACUGGCAUCAGCUGAUGGCUGCUACUGGUGUUCGCUUCACCAUGAAUCAGGACACGACUCUGGGAGACAUUCUGCAGCUCAACCUGCACCAUUAUGAAGAUGAGGUGAGAGAGAUCGUGGACAGGGCUGUUCAGGAGAUGAGCGUGGAGAAGACUCUGUUGGGGCUCAAAUCCACAUGGGAAGGUAUGCAGUUCCAGUUUGAGUCCCACCCGAGGACCCAGCUGCCUCUGCUUUGCACGGAUGAAGAGCUGAUUGAGACACUGGAGGACAAUCAAGUUCAGCUGCAGAGCCUAAUGUCGAACAAGUACAUAACCCACUUCUUGGAGGAAGUGUCUUCAUGGCAGAACAAGGUUUGGGUGAUAGACUCCGUCAUCUCCGUGUGGUUUGAGGUUCAGAGAGGCUGGAGCCAUCUGGAGAGCAUCUUCAUCUGUUCAGAGGACAUUCGGACACAGCUCCCCGAGGACACAGAGCGCUUUAUCAAGAUUGAUGUUGACUUCAGAAAACUGGCAAAUUCAAUGCAUGAAACGCCCAACGUGGUGGAGGGCACCAACAAACCAGGCCUGUUGAAUGAGCUGGAAGACAUCCAGAAAAGGCUCUUGCUUUGUGAAAAAGCUCUGGCAGAGUACCUGGACACCAAGCGUCUGACUUUUCCUCGAUUCUGCUUCGUUUCUUCAGCUGAUCUGCUGGAUAUCUUGUCUAAUGGGACCAACCCACAGCAGGUCCAGAAGCAUCUGUCCAAGCUCUUUGACAGUUUGUCGAGAGUCAAAUUUGAAGCGGAUGGAGAGGGGAAUCCUACCAAAACAGCUGUUGGAAUGUACAGCAAAGAGGAGGAGUAUGUUCCUUUUGAUCACCCUUGUGACUGCAGCGGCCAGGUGGAGGUGUGGUUGAACCGGGUGUUGGACUCCAUGCGCUCCACUGUUCGUCAUGAGAUGUCCAAGGCGGUAAAAAAUUGCCAAGAAAAACCCAGAGAACAGUGGCUGUUUGAAUAUCCAGCACAGGUGGCGCUGACCUGCAGUCAGAUCUGGUGGACAGCUGAUGUCACUUAUGCUCUUUCCAGUAUUGAGAAAGGUUAUGGUAAUUCACUGAAGAAGUUCUACAAAACCCAGGUGACUCAGCUGGAAACCCUCAUCUCCAUGCUGAUAGGCCAGCUCACACCAGGCGACCGGCAGAAAAUCAUGACCAUCUGCACCAUUGAUGUCCAUGCCAGAGAUGUAGUGGAUAAGAUGAUCUCCCAAAAGAUUGAGAACUCCCAGGCUUUUUCCUGGGUCUCCCAGCUGAGACACAGAUGGAGCUCAAACGAAAGCCAUUGCUUUGCCAACAUCUGUGAUGCCCAGUUUAUUUACUCCUACGAAUACUUGGGGAACACACCGAGACUGGUCAUCACUCCCCUGACAGACAGAUGCUACAUCACCUUGACUCAAUCCCUUCACCUGUCCAUGGGCGGAGCUCCAGCAGGGCCUGCAGGCACAGGGAAGACCGAGACGACCAAAGACUUGGGGCGUGCCCUCGGCAUCAUGGUGUACGUGUUCAACUGUUCUGAGCAGAUGGACUACAAGUCCUGUGCAAACAUCUACAAAGGUCUGGCUCAGACGGGGGCGUGGGGCUGCUUCGAUGAGUUCAACAGAAUCUCAGUGGAAGUGCUUUCUGUGGUGGCUCUUCAGGUCAAAAGCAUCCAAGAAGCUGUGCGGGAGAAGAAGAAACGAUUCUUCUUCAUGGGCGAGGAGAUCAGUAUUUCUCGUUCUGUGGGGAUUUUCAUCACCAUGAAUCCAGGAUACGCCGGCAGGACGGAGCUGCCCGAAAAUCUCAAGGCCCUAUUCAGACCUUGUGCCAUGGUGGUGCCUGACUUUGAGAUGAUCUGUGAAAUUAUGUUGGUGGCUGAAGGUUUUCUGGACGCGCGGGUGCUGGCCAGGAAAUUUAUCACUCUCUACACUCUGUGCAAGGAGCUACUCUCCAAACAGGAUCACUAUGAUUGGGGCCUCCGAGCCAUCAAGUCAGUGCUGGUAGUGGCCGGUUCUCUGAAAAGAGAAGACCCUGAAAGAGCUGAGGACCAAGUGCUCAUGCGAGCUCUGAGAGACUUCAACGUCCCAAAGAUCGUGACAGACGACAUGCCCGUCUUCAUGGGCCUGAUAGGAGACCUCUUUCCCGCCCUGGAUGUUCCCAGAAAGGUCAACCCAGACUUUGAGAAGCAAGUGAGGAGUACUGUUCUUGACCUGAAACUUCAGGCAGAGGACAACUUUGUACUUAAGGUGGUGCAGCUGCAGGAGCUGCUGGCAGUCCGUCACUCUGUGUUUGUGAUUGGCAAUGCUGGCACUGGCAAGAGCCAAGUUCUGAAGUCUCUGUAUACGACCUAUAAGAACAUCAAGCUUCGGCCUGUGUGGACGGACCUAAAUCCAAAGGCUGUGACCAAUGAUGAACUCUUUGGAAUCGUCCACCCAGCAACUAGAGAGUGGAAAGAUGGCCUCUUCUCGAGCAUCAUGCGUGACUUGGCCAACAUCACUCAUGAUGGGCCAAAGUGGAUUGUUCUGGAUGGAGACAUUGACCCGAUGUGGAUUGAGUCACUCAACACAGUUAUGGAUGACAACAAGGUGUUGACUUUAGCCAGCAAUGAACGGAUCCCUUUGAAGCCUUCCAUGAGGCUCAUAUUUGAGAUCAGCCACCUCCGCACUGCAACCCCAGCCACGGUAUCCAGAGCAGGCAUUCUGUACAUCAAUCCGGGAGAUCUGGGAUGGAAUCCACAGGUUUUUAGCUGGAUUAAAAAGAGAGAGCACCAAUCUGAGAGGACCAACCUGUUCUUUCUGUUUGAAAAAUAUGUUCCUUCUUGCCUGGAAGCCCUCAGAACGCGGUUUAAGACCAUCAUUCCCAUCACAGAGCAGAGUCUGAUCCAGAUGCUCUGCCACCUACUGGAAUGUCUUCUGAGUCCUGAAAACACUCCAACCAACUGUAGCCAAGAACUGCACGAGCUCUACUUUGUCUUUGCUGCCAUCUGGGCCUUUGGAGGCGCCCUAUCCAGGGAGCAGCUGGUCGACUACAGAGUUGAGUUCAGCAAGUGGUGGGUUGCUGAGUUCAAAACCAUCAAGUUUCCAUCCAGUGGCACCGUGUUUGAUUACUACGUGAACCCAGAGACCAAAAUGUUUGAACCCUGGUCCAAUAUAGUUCCCCAGUUUGAGAUGGACCCAGAAGCACCACUUCAGGGGUGUCUGGUACACACUACAGAGACCAUUCAAGUUCAGUACUUCAUGGACCGCCUUUUGGAGCACUGCAGGCCCGUGAUGCUGGUGGGAAGUGCCGGCACUGGGAAGUCUGUUCUUGUCGGCAACAAGCUGGAAGCCCUGGACCCAGAAAAAUACUUGAUCAACAAUGUCCCCUUUAAUUACUACACAACAUCAGCUAUUCUUCAAGCUGUUCUGGAAAAGCCUCUUGAGAAGAAAGGAGGACGCAUCUACGGCCCCCCAGGCAGAAGAAAGAUGGUUUGCUUCAUUGAUGACUUGAAUAUACCUGAGGUGGACACAUAUGGCACAGUUCAACCCCACACACUCAUACGCCAACACAUGGACUAUAACCACUGGUACGAUCGAAGUAAACUGCUACUGAAAGACAUUCACAAUGUACAGUACAUCACCUGCAUGAACCCCACCGCCGGCAGCUUCACCAUUGAUCCACGGCUGCAGAGACACUUCUCCGUCUUUGCUCUACCGUUUCCGGGAAAUGACGCCCUCACCACCAUCUACAGCUCCAUCCUCUCUCAGCACCUGCAAGCGGGGGAAUUUAGCGCCGCCGUGCAAAAAAGCUGCUCCACCCUAGUCAGCCUUGCACUGGCUAUGCACCAGGGCAUCUUCAUCACCUUCCUGCUCUCAGCAGUCAAGUUCCACUAUAUCUUCAACCUGCGUGACAUCUCCAACAUCUUCCAGGGUAUUCUCUUCUGCACCAGUGAGUGUCUGAAGACCCCUGAAGACCUGCUGAAAGUGUACCUGCAUGAGACCUGCCGGGUCUACAGAGACAAGCUGCUGGAUGAGCCAGACAUCCAGACUUUUGACAAGCUGCAGGCUGAGAUAGUGAAAAAGUUCUACAAGGACAGCGACGAAGUUCUGGAGCAGACCCAGAAGUUGAACCUGUACUGCCAUUUUGCUGGCGGGCUGGAGGAGUCCAGGUACAGCGCUGUCCAGUCCUUGAUUGGACUCAACAAAACUCUGCUGGAAGCGAUGGACAGACACAACCAGGUCAACGCCACCAUGAACCUGGUGUUGUUUGAGGACGCCAUGGCUCACGUCUGUGCAAUAAACCGGAUCCUGGAGGCUCCGCGGGGUAACGCUCUCCUGGUUGGAGUUGGUGGAAGCGGCAAGCAGAGUCUGACCCGCCUGGCUGCCUUCAUCGCCAACUUGGACGUUUUUCAGAUCACUUUGAGAAAGGGAUAUGGAGUAUCUGACCUGAAGAGUGACCUGGCGUCUCUCUGCAUCAAAGCUGGUGUGAAGGACGUCGGCACCGUCUUCCUCAUGACCGAUGCCCAAAUGAUUGACGAGAAGUUUCUCGUCCCGGUCAACGACUUCUUAGCAUCAGGGGAGAUUCCUGACCUGUUCCAAGAUGAUGAAGUGGACCAAAUUAUUGAGAGCAUGAAGCCAGCUGUCCACAGCGCAGGAAUGAUAGUUACAAGAGAGACCUGCUGGAAGUUCUUCAUUUCACGUGUUCGGAGACGGCUGAAGGUGGUUCUGUGCUUCUCUCCAGUGGGAAGUAAACUGAGGCUCUGCAGCAGGAAGUUUCCUGCCGUCAUCAACUGCACAACAAUCAUCUGGUUCCACGAGUGGCCACAGGAGGCGCUGGAGUCUGUGAGCCUCCAGUUCCUGGAAGGGGUGGAGGUUAACGAGCCUGAAGUGAAGGAGUCUGUGAGUAAAUUCAUGGCGUACGUCCACACAAGUGUGAAUCAGGCAUCCAAGGAGUACCUGACCAAAGAGCGCCGCUUCAACUACGCCACCCCCAAGUCUUUUCUGGAGCAGAUCACUCUGUUCCGCAGUUUGCUGGGACACAGGAGCAAAGAGCUCACCGGCAAAAUAAAUCGGUUGGAGAAUGGCCUGCAGAAGUUUGAAAGUGCCGCCUCUCAGGUGGACAAUCUGAAGGUCAAGCUGGCAGAUCAGCAGCUGGUGCUGCAGCAAAAGAACGAUGAUGCUGACAAACUGAUCAAGGUGCUCGGUGUAGAAAAAGAAAAAGUCUCCAAGGAGAGAGCUUUGGCAGACGAAGAAGAAAAAAAGGUGGCAGCCAUCACUGUUACUGUCAGUGCCAAGCAGAAAGACUGCCAAAAGGACUUAGACAACGCUCAACCUUUACUGGAAGCAGCUCUAAAAGCACUCGACACGCUCAACAAAAAAAACUUGACAGAACUGAAGUCCUUCAAAGCUCCCGUGGAGGCCGUGACCAGAGUCCUAGAAGCUGUGAUGAUUCUGAAAGCGCCAAGUGGAAAAGUCCCAAAAGACCUCAGCUGGAAGGAAGCAAAGGUGAUGAUGGCCAACGUCGACAAAUUCCUCAGCUCUCUGAAAACCUUUGAUGGAAGGAACAUCCCAGAGACAUCCUUGAAAGCCCUUGAGCCCUACUUGCAGGAUCCAAGCUUUUGUCCGGCUGAGGUGGCUACCAAGUCCUCGGCUGCAGAGGGUAUGUGCUUGUGGGUUUUGAACACUGUGGACUUCUACAAGAUUUACUGUGAGGUGGAGCCCAAGAAGCAGGCCUUAAAAAAGGCCAACGACGAGCUGCAGGCGGCAGAGAAGAACCUAAAACGGAUCCAAGGCAAAGUCAAAACCCUUGAUGAAAACUACGCCAAGCUGCAAUCCAAUUUUGAAAAAGCGACAGAAGAGAAGCUCCAGUGCCAACGUGAAGCAGAAGAGACGGAGCAAACCAUUUCACAGGCCAACCGUUUGAUGAACGCGCUGGCUUCAGAAAAAGUUCGCUGGACGAAGGACGUUGAAAAUUUGAAGAACCAGGAAAGUACAAUGUGUGGGGAUGUCCUCCUCAUCACUGCGUUUGUCUCCUAUGCGGGAUACUUCACAAAGCACUUCAGGUUCCAUCUUAUGGAAAGCUGCUGGAGGCCUUAUCUCAGUCAGCUGAAGGUGCCCAUUCCAGUGAGUCCAGACCUGGACCCUUUGACCAUGUUGAUUGAUGAUGCUGACAUUGCAACGUGGCAGAAUGAGGGGCUUCCUGCUGACAGGAUGUCUACUGAAAAUGCUACCAUUCUCACUUCCUGCCAGCGCUGGCCCCUCAUGGUGGACCCGCAGCUGCAGGGCAUCAACUGGGUCAAAAACAAAUACGGCGAACACCUGCGGGUCAUCCGCACUGAACAGCGGGGGUACCUGGAUGUAAUAGAGAGAGCGCUGGCAGUAGGUGACAUAGUUCUGAUUGAGAAUUUGGGUGAAACAUUAGAUCCGGUUCUGGGACCCCUGCUGGGACGAGAAACUAUCAAGAAAGGAAGAUACAUAAAGAUUGGAGACAAGGAGUGCGAGUACAACCAUAGUUUUCGGCUCAUUCUGCACACCAAGCUUGCCAACCCGCAUUACCAGCCGGAGCUGCAGGCCCAGUGCACCCUGAUCAAUUUCACGGUGACCAGAGAUGGUCUGGAGGACCAGCUGCUGGCAGCAGUUGUCAGUAUGGAAAGACCUGAUCUGGAAAAACAGAAGUCUGACCUGACCAAGCAGCAGAACCAGUUCCGGAUCACUCUGAAGACUCUGGAGGACGAUCUGUUGUCACGCCUGUCAUCUGCCUCCGGAAACUUCCUGGGAGACACGGAGCUGGUGGAGAGUCUGGAAAGGAACAAAAGCAUGGCUGAAGAUAUCGAGAAGCAGGUAAAAGAGGCCAAAGUGACCGAGGCCAAAAUCAACGAGAUCCGAGAGUACUACAGACCAGCAGCAGCCCGCGCCUCCCUAUUGUACUUCAUCAUGAAUGAUCUCAACAAAAUCAACCCCAUGUACCAGUUCUCUCUCAAGGCUUUCAGCGUGGUGUUCCAGAGAGCGGUGAAGAAGGCCGAGCCAGAGGAGGAAGUGCAGCAGCGAGUGUCCAAUUUAACCGACAGCAUCACCUUCUCAGUCUUCCAGUACACCACCAGAGGCCUAUUUGAGUGUGACAAGCUCAUGUUCGUCACCCAGCUCGUCUUCCAGGUUCUGCGGAUGAAUAAUGAAAUAAACCCUGUAGAGCUGGACUUCCUCCUGAGGUGCCCCAUCCAACCUGGUGGAACAUCGCCAGUGGAUUAUCUGUCCAACCAAGCCUGGGGAGGGAUCAAGUCACUGAGCUCCAUGGAAGAAUUCAGGAAUUUGGACCAGGACAUUGAAAGCACUCCCAACCGCUGGAAGAGGAUGGUGGAGUCUGAGUGUCCAGAGAGGGAGCAGCUUCCAGGAGAGUGGAAGAAAAAAACCUCGCUCCAGAGACUGUGUAUCAUGAGGGUCCUGAGACCUGACCGCAUGACAAACGCCAUCAGGAACUUUGUAGAGGAGAAAUUGGGAAGCAAGUACACAAUGGGGAGAUCAGUGGACUUUGCAUCUUCCUUUGAAGAGUCAGAUUCAGCUACACCCAUGUUCUUCAUCCUCUCUCCUGGAGUCGACCCGUUGAAGGCUGUGGAGGAACACGGAAAGAAGCUUGGCUACACAUUAGACAACAGAAACCUGCAUAACGUGUCUUUGGGUCAAGGCCAGGAGCUUGUAGCAGAGCAAGCCCUCGAUGUCGCAGCCAAGAACGGCCACUGGGUCAUCCUACAGAACAUCCAUCUGGUGGCUCGAUGGCUCAAAACUCUGGAAAAACUCGUGGAGCAGCAUGCAGAGCAAAGCCACGAGAACUUCAGGGUGUUUUUUAGUGCUGAGCCUUCUGCUACACCCGAGACUCACAUCAUCCCCCACGGUAUCCUGGAGAACUCCAUCAAAGUCACCAACGAACCUCCUACUGGUAUGAACGCCAACCUGCACAAAGCUCUGGACAAUUUCAACCAGGUGUCUCUGGCAGCCUGCACACAAGAGAACGAGUUCAAGAGCAUCUGGUUCGCCCUCUGCUACUUCCAUGCCGUGGUAGCAGGGAGGACCAAGUUUGGACCGCAGGGUUGGAAUAGACCUUACCCCUUCAACAUCGGAGACCUCACCAUUUCUGUCAACGUCCUUCAGAACUACUUAGAGGCAAAUCCCAAGGUACCAUAUGAAGACCUGCGCUACCUUUUUGGUGAGAUCAUGUACGGGGGUCACAUCACAGAUGACUGGGACCGCCGACUUUGCUGCUCCUACCUGGAGGAGUUCAUCAAGCCAGAGAUGAUGGAGGGAAAGGUGUUUCUGGCUCCCAAGUUUCCUUUGCCUGGAAACAUGCACUACGAAAGUUAUCACAAGUACAUUGAUGACAACCUACCUGAGGAGUCCCCCUACCUGUACGGCCUUCAUCCUAACGCGGAGAUCGGCUUCCUCACACAAACGUCAGAAAAGCUUUUCUGCACAGUGCUGGAGAUGCAGCCGAGGGACGAAGCAGUCGGUGAAGAAGGAGGGAUGACGAGAGAGGAGAAGGUCUGCGCCACGAUGGAGGAGAUCACAGGGAGACUCCCAGACCAGUUUAACAUGCCGGAGCUUUUUGCCAGAGCACAGGAAAGGACUCCUUACGAGGUGGUGGCGCUGCAGGAGUGUGAGCGGAUGAACUUCCUGAUCCGAGAGAUCCGAAGCUCCCUCCGUGAGUUAAGCCUUGGACUGAAGGGCGAGCUGAGUAUGACCAGCGACAUGGAGAGCCUGCAGAACGCCAUUUUUCUGGACAUGGUGCCGGACAGCUGGACCAAGCUGGCGUUUCCCUCCACACUGAGCUUAGCUCUGUGGUUCAAUGACCUCUUAGCCAGGAUCAGUCAGCUGGAAGCCUGGUCGGUGAGCUUCAGCCUACCUCCAGUGGUGUGGCUGUCCGGCUUCUUCAACCCCCAGUCUUUCCUCACCGCCAUCAUGCAGGAUAUUGCUAGAAGGAACAAGUUGCCUCUGGACAGCAUGACACUGCAGUGUGAGGUCACCAAGAGGAACCCUGAGGACUACUCUUCUCCACCUCGUGAAGGAGCCUACAUCCACGGGCUGUUCAUGGAGGGAGCCCAAUGGGAAACGCAGAAAGGUUUAAUUGUUCCGGCUCGGAUGAAAGAGCUCACCUCCCCCAUGCCAGUGAUUUACAUCAAGGCUGUUCCUGCAAACAAACAGGAAAACAAAGACGUUUACCGCUGUCCCGUCUACAGAACCCGCCAGAGAGGGCCUACUUAUGUGUGGACCUUCAAUCUGAAGACCAAAGAAAAGCCCUCCACCUGGACAAUCGCUGGUGUUGCAUUGCUUCUGCAGGUUUAAAAGAGCACUCGUGUACACAUUUAGUUCUGUCAAAAUAAAAUUACAUUUGUUCAUUCGA